UCCUGCAGCCAUGGAGAGCUGCGGAGCAUCCCGGCCUGCUCCCGGCUCCGGAGAGGCUCUAUGCUUUUGAUAACGAUUUGAUGCAUUCAACCCUGAAAAAUAUUGUUGAGGGCAAAACAGUUGAGGUACCAACGUACGACUUCGUGACACAUUCUCGGCUGGCAGAGACGACGGUGGUCUACCCUGCUGACGUCGUCCUCUUUGAGGGGAUCCUGGUUUUCUACAAUCAGGACAUUCGGGACAUGUUCCACCUCCGCCUCUUUGUGGACACGGACUCGGAUGUGCGGCUGUCCCGCCGAGUUCUGCGAGAUAUGAAACGUGGGAGGGACCUUGAGCAGAUCCUCACCCAGUACACCACCUUUGUCAAGCCUGCCUUUGAGGAGUUCUGCUUACCGACAAAGAAGUAUGCAGAUGUGAUCAUCCCCCGAGGAGUUGACAACAUGGUUGCUAUAAACCUCAUAGUUCAGCACAUUCAAGACAUCCUGAACGGAGACAUCUGCAAGUGGCAGCGAGGGGCGAUGAACGGGCACGGCCGGACCUACAAGCGCCCGUUCCCGGAGCCCACGGAGAGCAGCAGUGUCCUGGCGGCAGGAAAACGCUCCCACCUGGAGUCCAGCAGCCGUCCACACUAACCUGGGUUUGCCUCUGGUCCAGACCAACGCUGAAGACAACUUUGGGAAAGGACUUCGACAGAAUGGUUGGUGAAGUGCCCUUUAAAUCGUCCUGGCAGUGGAGGGGAUCCUGAUGUGAACCUUCUCACAGAGGGGAGAGGAUGGAGUUGGCCAUCAGCCCCUCUCCCCUCCAAACCCCUCCCUUUUCUCCCUAAGAUGUCUGGAAUUAUGUUACUUGAUGAACUGGUUAAAGGCAGUGCUACUUGCCUUUUUUUAAUUUUCAAAAUGAGAUCUACUGCUGAAGACUUCCCUGAAAAUUAAGCACUAUCAGGUGAUUAGUAAGAUACCCCAUUUCCCUGAUGAUGGGCUUCCUUAGCAGGAAAAUUAUCUGCCUCUUGGGGUUUUUUUUCCUCUAUCCCUGUUAAUUUUAAGAAGCAGAUGCAGCCCUUACUCUUCUCCACCUCGUUGGCACCUUAAGUUCUGGCCUUGCUGUGCUGCUGGCCAGCCUGUGGGGGCAGGGGGUUUGACUUGUAGGGGCAUCUCUGCCCUGAGAUAAGGGUGAGACAGAGGCUGUCUGGGAGAAAUGGGAACUUGCAGUUCACCAGGGACAGGCCCAAGAAGUUUAUUGUCUCUUGAUUCCUAAUUUAUUCCUUUCUAAGCUCCCAAGUCUAGCUACACUGUAUGAUUAUUUUUUUGUACCCAAACAGUCGCCUUUACCACACUUACUGAAUGUGUGAGCUCCAGCUGGAUUGAGUUGCUCAUGGAAACAGAAACCUGACCUUGUCAGUAUUAGUGUCUUUUAGUGCAUUUCUGUACUGCUGGUUGCAAAUUCUGCUGGGCAGAAUCCGUCCACGUCCAGAGAUGGCUGGUGAGACCAGCAAGGGGGGAAGCUGGGAAUGGCAGGACCCUCCUCCUGCUGGCACAGGCAGCUGCCUGGACAUGUUGUGCCCUCAGACAGGAUCAGAGAGCUUGCCUUGCACUCCAGCAGCUUAAACUCAAGAAUGUCUGGUUUUCUAAAACAAGCAGACAAGAAGUAUAAACAGUGACAUCCCAGUUUCUGUAGUUUACCCCAGAUAAGUGAUUACAGUAAAGUGUCUGGAAAAAGAAAAAAAUCUGAAAUGAAGUGCUGGUUGGACCUUUGAAAUUGUCCUUGUGAUACCAUUCUUGAGUCUGGACUUAUGGUGUAAUUUUAAGAAUAAGGGUGGGAGGGAAAUGUUAUUAAGAGGAACUUUUUCAUACUUGCUAGUUUUCUAAAAGCAGCAUCUGGCUGUGUUGGUUGUGGGUGUCUUACUUUGGCUAAUAAACAAAUGAACGAACAGUGAUCAAAAAUGACCAUUUUAUAUAAAAGGUAAUUGUGCUACUUGGACUACAUCAGCAAAAAGGUACAGAAAGGACACUGCUGGAGGAGCUCUUGCACUCAACAGAAUUGUUACCUUUAGUUCUGUCAUGGCUGAAGAUUUAGAAAAAAAAAAA